CUGGUAAGAUAAAGCCGAAAAGCCUUGUGGCUGGGCCGAGUGGGAAGCCACCCGAAGGCCGGCCUUGGCCUUGAUUUGGAGCCAAUGCACUACGGUUCGAGAAUCCCCUUCUAUGCACAUGUACUGCAAUCCCGGGUCCUUCAAAUACCAACACCGCCCUGCCCUCUAAUCAUCACCGUCCGAUCGAUGCGGCUCCCACCGCUCCGCUUCCGCCCGACCUGCACCGCCCCGAUCGUCUCCACCAACGCCCUUAUCCACCGCUACGCUCGCCUCGGCCAGAUCGAUGCCGCCUGCAAGGUCUUCGACGAGAUGCCCGAGCGGAGCGUCGUCUCCUUCAACUCCCUCAUCGCUGGCUACUUCCUCAACCGCCGGCCCUUCGAAGCCCAGAAGCUGUUCGACCGAAUGCCCCAGCGCAACACCGCCUCCUACAACGCCAUGAUCUCCGGCUAUCUCAAGAACGGCCGUCUCGCCGACGCCCGCGCCGUCUUCGACUCCAUGCCCCAGCGCAAUGUCGUCUCCUGGACUUCCAUGGUCCGCGGCCUCGUCCAGGCAGGCGCUAUCGCCGAGGCCGAGUCUCUCUUCCGCCGCAUGCCCGAGCGGAACGUCGUCUCCUGGACCGUCAUGCUCGGCGGCCUCAUCCAGGAUGGCCGCAUCGACGACGCCCGCCGACUCUUCCACGACAUGCCUGAGAAGGACAUCGUCGCACGGACCAGUAUGAUCUCCGGCUACUGCCAGCUCGGACGCACGGCCGAGGCCAGAGAGCUGUUUGAUGAGAUGCCGCGGCGGAAUGUGAUCUCGUGGACGGCCAUGAUCUCAGGUUAUGCUCAGAAUCUCCAGGUCGACCUCGCGAGGAAGCUCUUCGAGGUGAUGCCGGAGAGGAACGAGGUCUCGUGGACUGCCAUGCUCACUGGGUAUAUCCAGGCCGGCCGUAUCGAGGAGGCAGCUGAGCUGUUCCGGAGGAUGCCGGAGCACCCAUUGGUUGCUUGCAAUGCAAUGAUUCUUGGUUUCGGGCAGCAUGGGAUGGUGGCAGAGGCAAGGGAGGUUUUUGAUAGGAUGGCAGAGAGGGAUGAUGGGUCGUGGAGUGCAAUGGUGAAGGUGUAUGAGCGAAAUGGGUUUCAAUUGGCAGCGAUUGAUGUGUUCCACAAGAUGCAGAUGAAUGGAAUCUGUGCGAAUUUCCCUUCAAUUAUCAGCAUUCUUACUGUUUGCGCCAGCUUGGCAAUUCUUGAUCAUGGUAGGGAGGUUCAUGCAGCAGUGCUGCGGUCCCAUUACGAUGCGGAUGUGUUUGUUGUCUCAGCCUUGAUAACAAUGUAUGCUAAGUGUGGUGAGCUGGUGAGGGCAAAGAAAAUAUUUGAUAAGUUUGACUCAAAAGAUGUUGUAAUGUGGAACUCGAUGAUCACUGGCUAUGCUCAACAUGGCUUAGGGGAGGAAGCUUUGUGUGUUUUUAUUGAUAUGAAGUCCACGAGCAUGGUGCCUGAUGAGAUCACAUAUAUAGGUGUUCUUUCUGCUUGUAGCUAUUCGGGGAAGGUUAAAGAAGGGCGAGAAAUUUUUGAAUCAAUGAAGUCGAAUUCUUCGGUUGAAGCAAAAGCUGAACACUAUGCUUGUAUGGUUGAUCUACUUGGUCGAGCUGGCCAUGUGGACGAAGCGAUGGAUUUGAUCAGGAACAUGCCUGUCGAGGCUGAUGCUGUUGUUUGGGGUGCUUUGUUAGGUGCAUGUAGGACCCACAUGAAUACGGAGAUUGCUGAGAUUGCUGCCAAAAAGCUUUUGUUUUUGGAGCCUGGGAAUGCAGGGCCUUACAUCUUGCUAUCUAAUAUGUAUGCUUCCAGGGGGAGAUGGGAAGAUGUUGCAGAGCUGAGGAAGGUUAUGAGCAUAAGGAAUGUGAGCAAGUCCCCAGGGUCUAGCUGGAUUGAGUAUGGCAAGAAUGUGCACAUGUUCACCUGUGGAGAUGUAAUGGCACAUCCGGAGCAGAAACUAAUUGUUGGCAUGUUGGAGAGAUUAGAUGGACUGUUAAGGGAGGCAGGGUAUUCUCCAGAUGGUAGCUUUGUGCUGCAUGAUGUUGAUGAGGAGCAAAAGGCUCACAACUUGCGAUACCAUAGUGAGAGGCAAGCAGUGGCAUUUGGGAUUCUGAAGAUUCCGGCAGGAGUGCCAAUUCGUGUCAUGAAGAACUUGAGGGUGUGUGGGGAUUGCCAUUCUGCAGUUAAGUUGAUAUCAAAAGUCACCGGCCGAGAGAUCAUUUUGAGAGAUGCUAAUAGAUUUCAUCAUUUCAAAGAUGGGUCUUGCUCUUGCAGGGAUUAUUGGUGAUGUCUAGGGCAUGGGGCAACCUCUUCCUCAGAACAUAUCAAAUUUGGAUAAGGAGGUGCAGUCCUAGAUGAUAGGACAGAAAUCACAGAGAAUAUCAGAAGGGGAAUGGUAUGGCUGCAGGGAUGGCAGGAGGUCCUCUAUUUCUUCUUGCUCUUCUAUUACAAGUUGUCCUGAUUCAUGUAUCCUUCUCUUUACCAACUGUUGUUCAUUCCAAAUGCAUCCUCUUCAAUUUUGGAGAUUCAAACUCUGACACAGGGGGGCUUAUGGCUGUACUUGGUCUCUACCUUGGCCCACCUGCGGGCCGACAGUUCUUCCACAAGACCACUGGUUGCUUUUGUGAUGGCCGGCUGUACAUUGAUUUCAUCUGUUCGAAUUUUUCACAUGGAGUGAACUUUGAUGUAGCUGGUGCAGCCACUGAACCAAAUGCAAUUCCUUUCACUUUGUCUACUCAAAUACUUCAGUUCCUUCACUUCAAGAAUCGCACUCGAGAUCUCAGGGCGCAAGGCUCGGGAUCAUUGAUUAGCGAAAAGGGGUUCUGAAAUGCGGUUUAUUCCUUUGACAUGGGGCUGAAUGUUAUUAGCAUUGCAUUAAAUUCUAUAUAUAUAAAUGGUGGCAGAAAGUUCUGGAUAUACAACACUGGUCCCCUGGGCUGUUUGCCUCAAAUGGUUGCAUCGCUUAAGAAAAAUGAUAGUGAGCUUGAUGCAGUGGGAUGUCUUGCAACUCUUAAUAAUGCUGCCAAAGAAUUUAAUGCUGGAUUGAGUGUCCUCUGCAACCAAAUAAAUUCAAAAUUUAAGGAUGCGACAGUUGUUUAUACUGAUAUGUUCGCUAUCAAGUAUGAUCUCAUCACCAAUCAUGCCAAAUAUGGAAUUGUGAACCCAUUGAUGGCUUGUUGCUUAUAUGGUGGGCCACCAUAUAAUUACAGAUUGAGGAUGACAUUUGGUGAACCUAAUGUCACUGCUUGUCCAGAGGGUUCUCUGUAUAUCAGUUGGGUUGGAGUUCAUUACACUGAAGCUGCCAACACCAUAAUAGCUUCCAAGAUAUUGUCAGCAAAGUAUUCUGAGCCCCAAUUAAGUUAAAAAAUCUUUGCAAAGACUGAUCAUCUUCCCAUAUAGAAGAUUGGGAUCAUUAUUAUGCUUUUGAAUAGUUAACAUCUAACUGUUACUGGGUAUGUGACUGUCUUAUUGAUGAUAACUUCGGUGACUGUUACUGGAUAUAUGACUUUGUUGAUGAUUGCCUUUAUUGUUUUCA